GUCGUCCAUUUUUGAGAAUUUUAAUUUCGACCGGCAGGGGUCGUUGAUCAGUGACUUGUUUAUAUGAGUAGUGUGAAUGGGGGUACGAGUUCAUUAUUCUUAAAAUAAUGUUUUUUUAAAGAGCAAUCGGCGACGUUACCAUAGGAAAAAUGACUAAUACAUUGUUGGACGCUAAUGAUAAAUUGAUACUUCAGUGCGAGAUAACAGACGAUCAUUUUUCAAAUAAUGGAAAAAUUAACAAUGAUGAAAAAUGCUACAGUGAAGAAUGGGAUCAGUUACUGGAAGCAAACUGUAUUGGAAAAUUGCGGACAAUGGGACUUAAAGGACAGCUUAGACAAAGCCAUUUUCGUAGCAUAUGUUGGCGGAUAUUUUUAGAAUGUCUCCCCGAGAAGCAUUCCGAAUGGAUUAAAUCAACAAAUAUUUUACGUCAGAAAUAUCAAGACAUUCAAAAUAAGUUAUAUAACAAUCCAAGAUCAGAGAAAGAUAGCCUUGAUUUAGUAAUUAAUAAUCCACUUUCACAAGAGGACAAAAGUCCCUGGAAUCAAUAUUUUCAAGACAGUGAACUUAAAAUAACAAUACAACAAGAUGUAAUUAGAACAUUUCCUGAAAUUGAUUUUUUUCACACAUCUAAAGUUCAACAAAUGAUGGUGAAUAUUUUAUUCUGUUUUGCUAGAGAAUAUCCACAUAUUUCUUACAGACAGGGAAUGCAUGAAUUACUUGCACCAAUAAUAUAUGUCCUUCAUUCGGAUCAAGAGGCAUUUUUUUCUGCUAGUAAGACUGCAUCUAUAAAAUUAAUGGAAGAAAUUAAAGUUUUAUUGGAUCCAUCUUAUACAGAACAUGAUGCAUUUUUUAUAUUUUGUCAAGUAAUGGAUGUAGUAGAAUCAUGGUAUUUGAUCAAUGAAUAUUCUAGUAAUAAAUAUACAGAUCAGUUUGUUCUUGCACCCUUUUCUCGACCAAGAGAAACGGGUCCGACAAGUAUCCUAGGUGUUAAAUUAACCAAGAUUAAUGAACAGAUAUUGAGACGCCAUGACCUGGAAUUAUUUUCACAUUUAGAAACUCUGGAAAUAACUCCUCAAAUUUAUGGCAUACGAUGGCUUCGUCUGUUGUUUGGACGAGAAUUUCCCAUGCAGGAUCUCCUACAAAUCUGGGAUUCCAUAUUUGCCGACAGUUUGUCGUUUGACUUAGUAGAUUAUGUUUUUACAACUAUGUUAAUGAGUAUAAGAGAAUUAUUGUUAACAGGAGAUUACACUACCUGUUUGAAACAUUUGAUGAAGUAUCCAUCUAUAUCAGAUGUCAAUUAUGUCAUUGAAUUAGCACUUCAUCUGAGAGAUCCUGUGAAAUAUUCUCGACCUGUUGGAAAUUCAUUAAAAGUUACAACUGCACUUUCUGGAAAUCGCAACAGUUUACACAAUACACUUCCAAAAAGUUACAGUUCCAAAAAUUCCAACAAACAUGGUGGAAGUUCCUUCUCUUCCAUCAUUCGUCGAAGUGGUGGAAGACCAAAAACCCUGGCACUACCAAUAGGUACAGAGAAAGCCAUUCAAGGAAAGUCUUCUAGUGAGCCUGCCACAUUAGAAUCAACUUCACCUAGUUCUGAUAGCGAAGUUUCGGGUGUUUCAACUGUCGACAAAAAUAGAGAAAAAUAUCAAAAACAUUUUAGACAGACCAGUGAUAGCAUAAUGCAUUCCUCACGUCAUUCUGGAAGCAACACUUCCUACACUCUUCCUAGGAAAUACAAAAUAGGAAAGGAGCAACCUAAUUUAAGUCAGAGUUUGACUCACUUGGAUAAAGACAAAAAUUAUAAUUCAGAAAAUUCCACGAAAGAGAUGGUGACAUUAUCGACUCAACAUUCCAAUCAUUACGGCAUGUAUAGGCAAAGCAGUAAAGAAAGAGACGAAAUGAAGCAACUGAAAAUGGAACUGUCUGAACUGAAAUCCAUGAGCCAGUAUUGUUGUCAUAGAAUGACCCAACAUUUAGAUAGACUUCAGUUCUGUAUGAUCCAUCAAGAGCUUCAACACGAAGAUGAGAUGUUGCUAGCUCUAGCAGGAUUAAAACGGGUUAGAGAUAUCUUGAAGGGUACGGUGAAUUUUACAGAAGAAGUAGGCGACGACGAAUAUCUGCACGACACAAAUCCAGAUAAACUAAAAUCAAGUCAGAUUGGAAUGGUGAAGAAAAGUGAUGUCGAAGGUUCUACUCUUCCUCAAGUAAAUAAAGAAGGCAACAAGCAAAAUGGAGAAAAAAAAUGUGACGAUCAAGACAGAUCGGUGAACGGAGAAGAUCGGCGGAACGAGAAAGAAGACCUGAUCGCAACAACCAGAAGAGAAUUUCAGAAACUCUUGAACUCUUCGAAAUCAUACAUUAAUGAUAACACAAACAGGAAGUAGUAGUAUAGAUAUUUAUUAUUAUUAAGGAAAUAUUAUUGUACAAAGGGCUAACAAGUUUUAAGGGCAACUUAGCAACAAGUUAUUGUAUAAAAUGUGUAGAAUUACACCUUGUAAACAUUCCAUUUAUUUAAUUUGUAAAUUAUUUUGAAUUUUUGUAUAUAUAUAUACAUACAUAUAGGCAAAUAUAUAUACAUUCAAAUCUUACAUAAUUGAAAAAAUUGAUGAUAGUGUAAAUAAUUUUUUUCCCUCACAAAAGACAGAUCAUAACUUUUUCAACAAAAUGUUGCUAUAUUUAAAUAGGAAAAAAA